AUGUUCAUCAAGUUAAUAAAAGUUUACAAAAAGUUUCGAGCAUUUGUCAGAGGUGAAGAUAGUGACGAUAUAAAUGACAAUCCAAAGCCCCGUGUAGAAUAUGAAGAAUAUUAUCAUGGCAACCAAUUCCAGAGCUACCAGGACGUUUUGGAUGAAUUCGUCAAAGAAUGUAAUAAAGAAAGACCGCCUCCAUACGAUAACUUUAAGCAGAAUGAUAGCGUCGAAUACUUUGAUAAAGAACGACUAUCAAUCAAUUCAAAUAGUAUUAGCGAGGUUGGUGGUCCACCAGAUGUCUACAAAAUCCUUUUGGUAGGCGGAACUGGAGUUGGAAAAUCAACACUAAUUAACGCAAUGGCAAAUUUCUUUCGGGGUGGCACUCUUGAUAAUCUGAAAGUUGUCAUUCCAACUAAUCAUCUCGAUGCUACUGAGAUAGGAUUCAGAAGCUCCGAAGCUAACAGCAAUGAUCAAACAAAAAGUCAAACCACAGAAUGCCAUACCUAUUGCUUCAAUCAUCCAGAAAAUAAAGCUCACAGAUUUAUUUUCAUUGAUACUCCAGGAUUGAGUGAUACGAAUGGCGUGGAUCAAGAUGACAGGAAUAUCCACGCGAUAAUUGAUACAGCAAUUCGCGUCGGUUCAAUAUCGGCAAUUGUAGUUGUUGCUAAUGGAACUGAAUCUCGGAUGACCGCAACAGCAAAAAACACUUUGGUUCGCCUGGCAAAUAACAUACCUAAUGCCAUUGUCGAGAAUAAUCUUUUUCUAGUUUUAACAAAGUGUACAGAAAUGAGUGCCUCUUUUUCUGUAAAAGAUUUUGCGGCUGAUUUUGCAGAGCCAAGUGAAACUUUCUAUGUGGAUAACCAAGCUUUCUGCAAUCAUCCUAAAACAUGGUUAAAUGAUGAAGAUAAAUAUAAACGUCUUGACUCACAAUGGAAGGAAUCCGAAAAAACAAUUAAUGAUAUGCUAAUAAAAAUUUCUCGACUAGCUCCCAUCCGAACUAUAGUAUUUAAACAAAUGAAAUCCCUUCGGGACGAUAUCAAAUGUGAGAUUCUUAGAACAUCCCAAGUCAUUGCAAAUAUUCAAAUAAUGCAUGAUCUCCUUGAUGGUGCUCAAAAGGAUAAGAAAAAAUAUGAAAACUAUACAAAAACUGAAGAAGUCACAAUUUCGAAAAUUGUUGACGCUACUAAUCAUAGUACAGUUUGUAUUACACAUUUUAAGACGAACAAUAUCUUUUGUCAUGAAAAUUGUGGACUUAAUUUUACUCCAACGCCUGGAGAACAUCCAUUUAGAGAUUGUUAUUGCAUGAACGACUACAAAGUAUGCAAAAAAUGUGGAUGUGGCCCUACGAGUCAUUUGCAUAAAAGGAUUAAAGUAAUCAAAGAAACAAAAAAAAUUGACAAAGUCCUUGAAGAUAUGAAAGCGAAAUAUGAUGAGCAUAAAUCUAAGGCAGAUAAUUACAAAACAAAGCUUGCUGAUCUCGAAGCUACUGCCAAUAAACAAUACACAAAUAUUCAUAAAUAUUGUGCUGAUCUUAGAAAAGAAACUUUCUAUGUGGAUAACCAAGCUUUCUGCAAUCAUCCUAAAACAUGGUUAAAUGAUGAAGAUAAAUAUAAACGUCUUGACUCACAAUGGAAGGAAUCCGAAAAAACAAUUAAUGAUAUGCUAAUAAAAAUUUCUCGACUAGCUCCCAUCCGAACUAUAGUAUUUAAACAAAUGAAAUCCCUUCGGGACGAUAUCAAAUGUGAGAUUCUUAGAACAUCCCAAGUCAUUGCAAAUAUUCAAAUAAUGCAUGAUCUCCUUGAUGGUGCUCAAAAGGAUAAGAAAAAAUAUGAAAACUAUACAAAAACUGAAGAAGUCACAAUUUCGAAAAUUGUUGACGCUACUAAUCAUAGUACAGUUUGUAUUACACAUUUUAAGACGAACAAUAUCUUUUGUCAUGAAAAUUGUGGACUUAAUUUUACUCCAACGCCUGGAGAACAUCCAUUUAGAGAUUGUUAUUGCAUGAACGACUACAAAGUAUGCAAAAAAUGUGGAUGUGGCCCUACGAGUCAUUUGCAUAAAAGGAUUAAAGUAAUCAAAGAAACAAAAAAAAUUGACAAAGUCCUUGAAGAUAUGAAAGCGAAAUAUGAUGAGCAUAAAUCUAAGGCAGAUAAUUACAAAACAAAGCUUGCUGAUCUCGAAGCUACUGCCAAUAAACAAUACACAAAUAUUCAUAAAUAUUGUGCUGAUCUUAGAAAAGUUUGCACUAGAUUUAACUUUGUCGAUGAACUUAGUGCAAACAUUGAAGUUAUAAAACUUGAUGCAAGAAAUAUAAAAAAUGUUGAUUUGCGAGAAAAGUCUGAAGCCGAAAUUAAAAAACUUGUAGAAUUGGUGAACGAAUUGUCUACAAAUUCUGGUCUUUCAUCCCCAUAA